AUGGUUCAGCAGCAUCCUCCUGUUUCAUCUUUGAGUAGCAGAAUCAUGUUUCCACAAAGUGGUGUCAAAAGUACUGAUGGUGAUAAUGGAAAUGGUGGGGAGGGUGGUGGCAUGGGCACAAGAGUCUUUUCACCUUCUGUUGUUCCUGGCAUUCAGUGGAGACCUGGUAGUUCCUUCCAAACUCAACAUGAAGGGGGACUCUUCCGUGGAAGAACUGAAACAGCACCAGAUCAAAGAGAGAAAUUUCUACAGAGAUUUCAACAAGUACAACAAGGAAGCAGCACCCUUCUUGGUAUGCCUCCUAUUUCUGGAGGAACAAGUCAAUGA